CGAUUAUCACAGAAGGGCGUGGGUUGCUUACCUUUCUAACGAGACCAUACCGUUUCUUACUUAGUUGCCAUGAACAUCAAAAUGAACGUCCAACUUUUCAAGUUAAUUCUAUUCUUCGCGACUUUCCAAUCGCUGUCGUGUUCUCAAUUGGGCACACAGGAAUAUGGAAACGCAAAAGUCGGCGAGAGAUGCGAAAGAGAUCGCAAUUGCAUUCAACAUGCAUUUUGUCUUACACACAUGACUUGUCAGUGCGAUCAAUAUUACUCGCCUACUCCUGAUAAAUCGAUGUGCAUCGCUAGUGCCGGAUUGACAUGCACGGAUGAUUCGGUAUGUGCAUCAAUGACGAACGCUGCGUGUAGGCAAGGAAUAUGCGCAUGCAAAGAUUCGUAUAUUUUAGAUAUAAAUAAUUCUUCAAAUUGUAUCGUUAGGCCAUUAGUAGUGGGUGAUCUUUGUCAAAGGACCGAUGAGUGUCAGGACACGUUUGAUCGUGCCAUGUGCAUCAAUGGACGCUGCCAGUGUAUCACGUCUUAUCAUUUCGUCAAUGCAACGGGGAAAUGUAUUCAGACACGAUUUUUAUACAAUUUAUGUACAGAAGAUUACGAAUGUGUAGACUUCGAUAACAAAAAUGUCCUUGAAUGCAGGGACGGUCAAUGUGUUUGCAAAAACGGAGAAGAAACAUGCAGCAGAGGUGCUACGCUCACUUCUAUUGGAAUUUUUGUGGUGCUUUUACCUUUUAUAUAUUGACUGAUUUAACAAAUAGACGUCAUCUUUCUAAACAAAUCAUAUUAUUAUUUCCAACUGUGAUUCUCCAAAUUAAUACAUUAUUUAAUUAUAUGUUCUUCCUUUCAAAUAUUAGCAGUUAUUUGUGAGACUUCAAAACAUGAGAGUAAAGUGUUAGAUAUAGUAUAGUUCGUAGUUCGUAUAGUUCGUACGCGCGUUAGGAUUUAUAACGCAUUCACGCGAUCGAUCGUGGCAAAUACGAUCAGCUAUACUUAUGUGUCAUAAUAAUACGACGUACAAUUCAAAUCUGUUUGCGGUUCAUGCGACAUAAUUUAUAAUUCGAUAUAUUAUCUUUCCAUUUAUCUUCCGACAUACGAGCAUAUUUGUAUUUGCAAAUUUGGUUAUUUCAACGCACUAUUAAUAUAUAUUUUAAUUCUC